AUGGGUAUACUUACAGGUCGAGAGGAAGGUAUUCGAUUAGUGGCGAACUAUGAUUAUGCCUUCAUUGGCCCUUUAACAGAUUAUAAGAAAGGUAUGUCAACACGUUCACUGCCACCAACUGAUUAUUAUACACUUGAAUUUGAAAAAUACGAUCAAAUACGUGGUUCAACAAUCGAACGAGAGGAACCGUGUUUUCAUUAUAUGCAAACUGGCAGUGGUGGACAAGUAAUUGAUCCUAAAACUCGUAAAUUAGUACCAUUGCCUGAACCGAAACGUCCGAAAGUUGAUCAGCUCUACUUGGCAUUACUCAACGAAUCAAAUUUAGUUAGUCAACUCGUCGAAAUCACCGAAGACGAUAUCGAAUCGUUACGAGAAGCUGCUGCGAAAAGGAAUCGUUAA